AUGUGGCAUCAAAUUGUUGGUAUAACAGCAAUGGUGAACAUGCUAUGGAUGACAAAAUUGGAUGAUGAUGGUAUCCCAGGAAUCCUCCUUGCUGAUGAGAUGGGUCUGGGCAAGACUGCCCAAAUGAUGGGAUUGCUGGUAUUUAUAAUGUCAUGCUAUCAGGCACAGAAGCUCAGCAAGAAACUUCCCCCAGUGCUUGCACAAUUACCAUAUUUCUGUGGUCAUAAACAGAUUCCUGAUGUGCCACAUCUCAUUUUGGUCCCUGGGAUCAUUAUAGAGCAGAUCAUGGGCAAGUUGAAAUGGUGGUUCCAUCUUCAUGUCAUUGACAUUUUUGUAAUGCCAAUGAUGGAGCAGAGAUGGGACGAGUUCAACAAGGCUGUUGAUUCAUCAAAGCAGGACAAAUGCAACAUUGUGAUCAUUGCAAGCCAUAGUAGUGUCAGUCAGUUAGCACAUUGCAAUUUGUGGAUCACAAAGUCUAAGACUGAAUUGGUGUUGUCUCUGCAUCCUGCUAAGACAAAUUCAUUGGGUUAUGAGCUGAUAUGGUCAAGGAGUUUCUGCAGUGUCAUCAUUGAUGAAGCAUACAACUUCCAGACACCAAAUGCUGUCUACCAUGGCAUGAAUAGAAUUAUGGAAAAUACCUGCAUGCGCCUAAUUGUAUUGGCAACUCCACUGUACCAGUCACCUCAUGACCUAUGCAACCUCGCAAGACUUAUUUAUUUGAAGGCAUUCAUAGGUAAGGCAGCUGAAUCACUCGAGAAGGAGAAAGUCAGAGAGCUGUCAAAGAUGUGGAGGGAUGUCACCAAGGGCAACAAUGGCAAUGAUGAUGCUCUUGCUGUGUUCAACAUGAAUGCCUUGAAGGGCAUUGAUGGUAGAAAUCCAUACAAAGAGGCAGUAACAUCAAUCAAGUACACUGACCUCCCAGCUGACAAGCCUAUCAUGCUGUUGAAUGAACUCCCACCAUAUGAAAAGAUUGAAGUGAUGAUGUCAAAGUGGAGCAGCGAUUCAAAGACACAUGGAGCUGUUGAUGUCAUGGAUGCUGGGGCAUUUUUGCUCAAUUAUUGGCUUGCGGUAGCAUAUCUGCAAUCUCAACAUGAUCCUGACUAUCUGUCAAAAUCCAGCAAGAAAAUAUUUCCACCAUUCAAAAGUCUUGAAGAGUGGGAAAAGUAUUCAGGAGCAGAGCUCAAGGCAACAUUGAGAUUGUGCAGGCACUAUUUGUCUGAUGACAAUGUGUCUCCACCAUAUAUUGAAGAUGGUUACCUCAUUUUCCCUGAUCCUCCUGCAAUGGCAACCGGUGAUAAGAAGAAGAGGACUCAGCAGAUAAAGAUCCUUAUCUUUCAUGAGCUCUCUAUGAUGGAUGAACUCAUCAUGUCAGCCUUUAUUAUGAAUGGCAUUAAAAUCUUGUCACUGAAUGGCUCCAUGAGGCUCACAGCAUAUGAACAGGUGGUUGAGAAAUUCCUUCAUCCCGAUUCAGAUGUUCAUGUGCUUCUCCUCAGCCAGAUAGGUAGCUCUGGGCUUAACCUGAUGAGAGCUCCUGUCAUCAUCCUGUUUGAUAUUGCUUGGACUGCCAUUCAAGAAGAACAGAUGAUUGGUCAUGCCCAUCAUCAUGGGCAAAAGGAAACCAUUUACAUCUUUUGCCUUAUUGUGACAGACACUUUUGAUGUCUUGAUGGCUCAACACUCUGGUUCAAAAGCCCAGCAGCUUCAGCAUUUCUUCAAGAAGCCUGAUUUUAAUGUCUGUCGAAACAGGAAGGCAUUCCGGCUGCUGUACAAUUGUGAUGUACCAGCAGAUGCUCCUGCUGCAGCUGAUGGAGAAAGCGAUAACGAUGAUGAUGAGAGCACCCAGAAAAGUGCCAUUGAACAGCCUCCUGCAAAAAAACACAAGACAAAUAGCAAGAAAACGGUGAAAACAAAGGAAGUAGAUGUUAUCGAUGAAUCCCACCAUCAUUGUAAAGUGCCAAAGAAGGUGCCAGAGGAUGGAAACAGGGAGGGAGCUCCUGCCACCAAGGUACAGAUGAUGAUGCAGAGAGGAUCCAUAGAUGAGGCUGAACUGUCAAAGGCUGGACCAUUGAAUACCCAGUCAAAGCCCAAGCCUAAGCCUAUCACAAAGCCAGCACCAAGCACACCACAGAAUGCCAUUGAGGAGGGUAAUGCACAACCCACUCAAUGUGAAUCUCAGCCCUCAGCCCUCUCAGCUCCAUCAUCCCCUCUUCCUCAUCCUGUCAUCCCUUCCUCCACCCCUGCAGUUAUACCACCACCAGGGCAUGGAAUGACUGCCAUGACUGCCCCCUCCAGCAAUAUUAUCUUGACACCAGAUGCUAAUGAACCAAUUAGCAAUGAUGAGAUAGAAAGCGAUGGGGGCACUGCUAGUGGUGGUGCUUCACAACCUCUUGAUGAUCUUCUUGACUUCAAUAACCUAACUCCUCUGUCUUCCAAUGCCCCCUCAUCUCUGUCGACACCAACCCCAUUGCCUGGCAAGAAGAAAUCUAUUUCAACUGCACCAACAGGCUUAAUAUGCAAGAAUUGGCAUAGAGGCAUUGAGGUCAUUUUUAGUAUGACACAUUUUUGUAAUGGAUCAGGAUAUACAAGUAGCUUGUUCACUGACAAUGAAGACCAGAAAGAAGCAGAAGGAGCAGAAGAAGCAGGAGCAGAAGAAGAAGAAGAGGAUGAGUACAAUAAUGAGGAUCAACAUCAUGAUGAUAUGCAUAUCACUGGAAAGUAG